AUUACAUUGACAGACUGUAUAAGAGAGAUGGCUAUAAUAAAAUGAUAUAAACAAAAAAGACAAAGAUAGUUUGUCACUUCCGCGCAGGUGUAAGCAAAAGUCAUAAGAAUUCACCAAUUAAAUAUAAAUAAACAAAUAGUUGCCAUGGCAAUUGGCAUAGACUAGCGACACAGAAGGUUCAAUGUUAUAGAUGUUUCGUUUCCUGCACACGUAAACAAAUGUGACAAUUUCAUUUACUAUUUAAUUAUUAUUAUGAAGUUUUAUUAAAAUGAAAAAAACUUUUUUGGAGAUAUAACUGAUUGUAGCCCAUAAUUGUCUUAGUGUACUCAAUUGUUGGUAAGCCAAAUAAAUAAAUAAAAACAACAACCAUGCGGACAAUGUCGCGUGCACAUUUUAUGAUUGCAGACAAACUAGUUCCAAAUACAGAUAUAGAUAAGCAUGAUAAAAUCCUAUAAUAUAUAUUAAUAUUAUAAAGCUGGGGAAUUUAUUUGAAAGCUUUCAGUGUUCGAUACCUAGUCUAUUUAUUGAUUGAAAGAUUUAGUUAGUUCCUGAGAUUUGCGCUUUGUUUGUUAUUGUGCAUAGUCACUGUUGUGUGAUUACUGUAAAUGUCAUGAUCCUUUAUUAGAAGUAUAAAAUACCCUUUUCAUGAUAUAAUAAAUUUUAUAAAUAAAGUUUGACUAAUUAUUGUUUUAUUUUUUUCAGAUUUUGCAAUGCAUCGUUUCCCAGAUGCAAAAAAAUUCCCUGAGAGAUUGAAAACUUGGGUUAAUCUUGUUGGAGGAAGACUUGAAACAUUGUCAGAUAUUGAAUAUUACAAGAAACAGGUUAUUUGUGACAUACAUUUCUGUGAAACUUACAGAAAUCGAAAUAAUCGGUUGAACGCAUUGGCAGUUCCAACACUUCAUCUGCCUGGCCUAAAUUUGAGUCAAAUCACAUCGGGACAAGCUUCAACUUCCACACAACAUAAUUUAGAACCUACUUUAAUACAGCAGGAAAAUUCAGAACCAUCUGUGAGCCAUGCUACUUCAGAACAACCAUCACCAUCAUUACACAACCUGCUGCCUUCAACAUCGCAACCUAUAGCUGCAGAUCCAUCUCAAACAUUUUCUUUGGUGAACAACAUGAUGAUGGAACAUAAUUACAGUGCUAUUAGCAGGCCUAGAAGAAAAACUGUGAAAGAUCCAGCAGCUCCACUGCGCACGAAGAUUAAGCAACUGCAAACUGAUAAUUUAUGCGUUUGCGGAAGAAGGGGGAGUCUUUCAAGGCAAGAUUAAAAAGCGCUGAAGACUAUUCAAACAAUACCCUGUUCAAGCAUUUCGCUAAUAAUUUUAAGAAACCCGCACGACUCUUUUUAAGUAUGCAAUUGCAGGCUGCAAAAAAUCCAAAAGGGCGUCGUUUCACGACGGAAGAGAAAAUAUUAGCGCUUUCGCUUUAUAAGAAAAGCCCGAAAUCGUAUUCAUUGUUAAAUAAAUAUUUUACUCUGCCAUCGGCUAAAUCAAUGAAGCGCCUUCUGGGAUCCAUUAAAAUAAAUGCCGGGAUAAAUCCCAUUGUUUUUGAAAAAAAUAAAAAAAACACUUAGCGAAAAAAACGAAAAUGAUCGUUUGUGCUCAUUAAUGUUUGACGAAAUGUCCUUGACUCCGCAAGUGAACUACAACUGUCAAAA